AUGAUUUCUGUUUAUGACUGUGCAAAAGCAACCAUCACAGGAUCAACCUGUCAGCUGAGAAGCUUUACUAUCAAUGGCUACAACAAAAAAGGAGACAUGAACAUUGGAGGAAUUUUUUCCCUAUAUAGUGGAGAGGCUGCCAGUCAGAUUCCUUUCACUGAGCUACGUGACAUUGCACUGUGCAAAAAAGUAUACGAAAGACUGCUGGCUAUGAUAUUUGCAAUUGAAGAGAUUCAGAGAGACCCAGAAUUUUUGCCAAAUAUUACACUUGGGUAUGUGAUUUACGAUUCAUGUACAACAAUAGCUGGAGUUCUUGAAGGUACAAUGAAGCUGCUUACAGGGCAGAGGAAGGCAAUUCCAAAUUAUAAGUGCCACACACUUUCCUCAGCUAAAGCUGUGAUUGGUGAGUCAUAUUCAUCUACCUCAAUUCCCAUAGCAAGGUUACUGGGACUCUACAAAGUUCCUCAGAUAAGUUAUGGAGCAACUGUUACAUCUCUAAGUGACAAAAAUCAGUUUCCAUCAUUUCUUCGAACAAUUCCAAGUGACCUCUACCAGGCUAUUGGUAUAGUCCACCUAAUCCUAUAUUUUGGCUGGACAUGGGUUGGACUUGUGUCUGACAGUAGUGAUUAUGGUCUACAAGGCAGUCUUAUAGUAAAAGAGGAACUUGUCAAAGCUGGGGCUUGCAUUGCUUUUUUUGAAACAAUACCUGCAAUAUACUCUGAGAUGAAGAUUCAGCACAUAAGUGAAACAAUUAGAAAAUCCUCUGCAAAUGUUGUAGUGAUCUAUUCUAUUGAUACUGACCUCUAUCCAGUAAUGGAGGUGAUUGCAAGGAACAAUGUCAGUGGAAAAGUCUGGGUUGUCAGUGAUGACCUGGCACAAUCUUAUCUAUUUACUAAGAAUGAGUUUGUGAAAACAUUACAAGGAACUCUUGGUUUUAUAGUGCGGAGAGGAGACAUAUCAGGAUUCAAGGAGUACAUUUACAGCCUUAAUCCUCAGAGUAAUCUAGAUGAUAUAUUUCUGAAAGAUUUUUGGGAAAAUGUAUUUGACUGUAAGCUUCCAAGCCUGGAUAACAGUAAUAACAACUUGACCAAAGAAUCAAAAAUCUGUAAAGGAAAUGAAACGUUAGAAGGCAUGAAAUUAGAUUUUUUUAAUCUUGCUGACCUGAGAUAUUCAUACAAUGUCUAUAAUGCCAUAUAUGCUGUUGCCCAUGCUUUACAUGACAUGAUUUCUUGUAAACCUGGAGAAGGACCAUUUACUAACAAUACAUGUGCAGUACUACAGAACUUUGAGCCAUGGCAGCUUUUCAAUUAUAUAAAAAAUACUCACUUUAGGAAUAAAAAUGGUGAAGAGGUAUUCUUUGAUAUGCAUGGGGAUCCUCCUGCACUGUUCAGCAUUGUAAACUGGCAAGUAACAACAGAAAAUACUUUUUGGUAUCCAGAGGUUGGCCAUUUUGAAUCUAUUGCUGAUGGCAAUCAAAUUCUGACAGUAGAUGUACCUGCUAUAUUAUGGAAUGACGGUCACGGAAAGAUUCCUCAUUCAUUGUGCAGUGAAAGUUGUUCUGCAGGCUAUAGAAAAGCACCUCUGAUCGGCCAACCAAUCUGCUGUUUUAGCUGCAUCAUAUGUUUUCAAGGAGAAAUUUCCAAUCAAACCGAUUCCACUGAGUGUCUGAGGUGCUCUAAAGAUUCUUGGCCAAAUGAAAGACAAGACAAGUGCAUCAAGAAAGUAAUUGAAUUCCUUUCCUAUGAAGAACCACUAGGCACAACACUAACUUCAGUUUCCAUAUUCUCAGCAAUGGUUUCUGCCACCAUACUAACGAUAUUUUUAAAGCACCAUCACACACCUGUUGUCAAGGCCAACAAUAGAGAGCUUAGCUAUUUGCUUUUAUUCAGUCUUACAUUGUGCUUCCUCUCUUCAUUAAUUUUCAUAGGCUGCCCCACACAUGUGACAUGCAUUCUUCGCCAAGGUGCAUUUGGCAUCAUUUUUGCUCUGUCAAUCUCUUGUGUUUUAGCUAAAACCAUUGUGGUGGUAAUUGCCUUUAGUGCCAGCAAUCCAAACAGCAACCUGAGGAAAUACUCAGGUCCCAGAUUGCCAAAAACUUUAGUUAUGCUAUGCACAACUGUUCAGGCUAUAAUAUGCAUUUCUUGGUUAAUUGUCUCCCCUCCAUUUCAGGAUGAAAAUGCAACUUCUGCAUCAGGGAGGAUACUUAUAGAAUGUAAUGAAGGCUCUCCUGUGUCAUUCUGGUGCAUGCUAUCAUAUAUGGGUCUUCUAGCCAGUGUAAGUCUUGUAGUUGCAUUUCUGUCACGGAAUCUCCCAGACAGCUUUAAUGAGGCUAAAUUUAUCACAUUCAGUAUGCUGGUAUUUGUUAGCGUGUGGAUGUCAUUUAUUCCAGCCUACCUGAGCACAAAAGGGAAGUAUAUGGUGGCUGUGGAAAUAUUUGCCAUUGUAUCCUCAGGGGCUGGACUCCUGUUUUGCAUAUUUACUCCUAAGUGCUACAUUAUUCUGCUUAGACCAGAAAUGAACACCAAAGACUAUCUAAUGAGGAAGAGAGAGUUUAAGAAUGAAAUAAAUUAA